AUGUGUCAGUUGAUGUUUUACAUCGUUUCUAUAUUUUCUGUUUUAAAAAGUGCGACUGGCUUAGGUGAAAUAAUUUACGCGAUCAAUGCAGGCGGUCCGUCCCACACGGACAUCUAUGGCAUACACUAUGAAAAGGACCCUCUACAAGGAAGAAUAGGCACGGCUUCUGAUUAUGGUAAACAACUGGUUAUGAUCGGUAGAGUUAACACAAAAGAUGAAAUAUUGUAUCAAACUGAGCGAUAUCACCACAGCACGUUUGGCUACGAUAUUCCUGCGAACAGAGACGGCGACUAUGUGCUUGUGCUUAAGUUCAGUGAAGUGUAUUUCAAUGCCCCUAACAUGAAAGUAUUUGACGUGGUUUUAAACGGAGAUCAUACUAUUGUAGCGGACUUGGACAUUUUUGACAAAGUAGGUCGUGGUGUCGCACAUGACGAGUAUAUCCCUUACUCAAUUAAAAAUGGUAAAUUGUAUUACAAUGAGGAAGAGUCUGACAUAAGAGGUGGGAAAAUAAAGGUAGAAUUCAUUAAGGGAUACAGAGAUAAUCCUAAAAUCAAUGCAUUGUAUGUAAUGAGAGGCACAAUUGAUGAAGUGCCUAAACUGCCCCCAUUGGUGUGGCCAGAAAAUGAAACUGAAGAACCGAGAGAUGAAGUAGAAGAAAAGAGUUCUAAGUCAAAGCGUGCCAGUGGCCCUAAACAACCUGAUCCAUACUCUAUGGACGAGAGUUCAGUGCUGAUCCCAGUUUUUAUAACUAUAGGUGCUUUCAUUCCACUUUUAUUCUGCCUCUGUAAACUAUAA